AGAUUUUAGAGUCUGGUUGUUGUAAAAAUGGCAGAAACGAUUCGAAAAUUAUCGCAGGGUUCUUCGUAUUCUGUGUUGCAAGAUAAGAUUAACUCAUUAAAAGAUGGAUACUCGUUAAACACAUGCGACACCAACCUCGGCCACAUUUGUGAAUUGAUUGAACUCACCUCGAAGAUACAAAACCAACUUUUCACGGCGAUGAGUCUCACUGCAUCAGAGGGGGGAACGUAUGGAGGGGUUGAUACUUUAAAAAGUCGGUUGUUACCUUGGCUGGGAACGAGUUUUAUGACUUCUGGUGGAACUGUGACCUCAGAUACCAGCUUGGCUUUGUUGAAGGAAUCCGUUGAGAAAGAUCGUAAAAUCUCGGAGCUGAAGAUAAAACACGACAACGAUAUGAUGCAAAUGGAAGCCGAGCUUUCGGAAGCAAAGGGGGAGUUGGAUUUAACACGAGAUGAACUCAACAGCAGCCAGGCGGACUUGGAGAAGACGAAAGUAGAAUCAGGAGGAACCAUGCUAGCUUCCGAGGAAGAAAUUAUUUUACUGAGAGCUGACUUAAGGUUGGCAAGAGAGGAGAUCGAACGAUACAAACGUAAGUUGGAUCUUGUCGGUGAUUAUGAACAUGAGGUGGAACAUCUUAAAAGCGAGAUUCGUAUUCUUAGAAGUGAACGGGACAUUCUGGAAAACAGAUUAGAGCGAAGAGGAAGAAGUUGUAGUCCAAUCAGAAGGAGAAGCAUAUCACCCGUGCGAAUGAGCUACGAGCCCCCCCUGCCCCUCCCGUCCACCCCACCCACCCACGCUGAACUAACAAACUCCAUCAGACACUCAAGGCUGGUCGCGAGGUUUAACGACCUGUAUGCGGUCGAUAGACUUGAUAUGCAGGAUCGUCUGCGCAGAUUUGUUGACGACGAUGAAAUGGUGAAACGGAUCAUAUUCAUCGCCGUGUGUGAAGCUUUCCAUGUGGCUAAGAUGGCUUACAGAUCGUUCAGACUUCGUGCUCGUAAACUGUUAUCACCCAUACAUAGUGGACCAACCACACUGGAGGAGGCCGUCACUGAUUAUAUCGUGAGGAACUUGGAUUUGUACGAUGUGGAUCGCAGUGUUGAGGAUGUUAUUCGAGCCAUGAACGUGAAUCCCAAGAUAUCGUUUCCCCCCGAAUGCGAGUUCAUAUUACUCAGCCCAUUCAUAAGAGAGGUAUGCUUGGUGGCGUAUAGAAUGCAAGCGCUUGAUCCACCCCUGGAUAUCCCUCUUGCUACCGAUGGUGAAUUGAUGAAUGAAUCCAAAUACCGAAGGAGUUACGACAGCGAGUUCACGGCACCACUAGUGGCGUACCAUGUUUGGCCAGCAUUGGUGGAAGAUGGGACGGUCCUUAUUAAAGGGGAAUGUACAACAAGGAGGGGAGCUCUAUCGUCACCGCGUCGCAGUCGAUCACCGAGCCCGCUAAGGUCAUCAUCACGACUCAGCAGAAGUAGCUUGAGCCCCCGUCGCAGUCGAUCCCCGUCACCCAGGUCUCGUCGAUAUUGAACAUAGACACAAUAUUAACUCCAACAAAUCAAUUAUUGUAGGUGGUAUGUUUAAGUAGUUGGUUUAAAUACUUUUAAACAACCCAUAGAGUAACGAAUUAGAACUUUUUGUAGAGAUUGUAGAUUUCUUUAAAGUUUUGUAAAAAAAAGAAUCUAUUUUUGAUACUUGGGUGACCGCCAAAACUACCACUGGAUUAAAAAUGUCCGUCCAAAAUUUUAAGUUUGGAAUUUUUAAUUAAUUUGUUGCGUUAAUUUGCGCCAAAAGUUUCCAAAUCGACCGAAAUUAUUCUGGAUUUGUGUUGUUACUUUGUAGUGUUAAGAAUAAACUUAAUUUAGAUGAGUGU